AUGGCAGGAAGUAUAAGCAAAUAUUUUUAUCAGGCCGCUGCAAAUAAAACAUGUGCUGAUUUUCAUCAUCCUGGAAAAACGUGCACUCAAGCUGCGAUCCAAUGUUUACAAAAUGGAGUUUUAGGAUCUGCGAAAUUUUAUUUCCCGCUAUGCCUUCUACCGCUCCUUUUUAAACUCCACAAAUGGAACGAAAUCAAAACGUGGAAAGAGUUUCUUAAGAAUUAUACACGCUGCAUAUUUUCGGGAUUUUUCAUCACUACGACUGGCUUUAUUUUAUUUUGUGCUGCAUAUCAAAUAUUUAAGGGAUAUUACUUUCCACUUUGUAUUUGCCUGCCAUCAUCUCUUGGAGCAAUGUUUUGUGGAUUUUUGCCUAAGAAAUACCUGCACAUUGAUGGAUUGUCGCUUUUGAAUGUUUACAUAGAAUUUGUAAUUAAACAGUCAAAGUUUAAAGCAGUUGCUUGGCUGAGAAACUCUAAAAUUGGUGCAACUUUCCUCUAUGGAAUCAUGAAUUCAAUCAUUGUGUACUGCCUGCACGUGUUAAAAAGCAACAGAUUUUGGUUUGUAAAUGUUGGAAAAAUUGCAAACCAGAAUUCAGAAAAAGAUAUUUGCGUCCAUGGAACUAUUAAAUGUGCUGACUAUUUGAAAAAGGAAGUCAAGCAAACAUCUUUGUUCGCUUUUGGAGUAGCAAUGUUCAAGCUUGUUUUUCCAAGAUUAAUGACUCUUUUGAAAAAUCCACAAUUAUUAUUCACAAAGUACUGGAAAAAGUUUGAUUUCGGUUUGUUCAUGUUCAUUUUGGCAUCCAAUGGAAUAUUUAAAGCUGUUCGCUGUAAACUUAAUCAAAUGAAGAAAUAUCCGAGACCAAUCAAUGUCUUCAUCGCGGGACUAGCUUCAUCUUUGGGGUAUAUUUUUUACCCUCGCUACAUCAUUUUCACAAUGGGAAUCUCAACUUUAAUUGAAGUUAUUUACAAAUAUCUCGAUAAUUAUUACAUCAGCAAUAACAUACAACUUCCGAAAAUAAUGACAAUAAUAAAUCGUCUCCCAAUGUGUGAACUAGUCUAUAUGUUUGGCAUUGGUAUGACUUUUCAACUACGAGUUGUUUAUCCUCAUUUGACAAAUAAAUUCAUUCACAAGAUGAUGAGCAUUGGAAGUAGUGGCAGAUCAGAUGAAGUUGCAAGAAAUUAUGCAGGAAUAAUGAUGGGCUUACAAUGA